UCAUGCGACGAAGCGGUUGGCUUGGCAACGACAGUAGCUAACUAGUUUAGCUUAGCUGUCAACUUCUCCAAUCCGUCAGCAUUACAGAUUUUUGUGUGGUAUUGUCGAAACUACUGUUAUUUUCAUCAACCGGACAGCAGCGGAGAUCCUAAUCUUUUUGUGUGAGUUUCUGAAGAUGUUUGAUUCCUCGCUGAGUUCUUUGGGGGCAAAAGUUGUCGUCGCUGCGUCCAGCGAUGAAAAUCACCCACCAGAAAACAUCAUUGACGGAAACACUAACACGUUUUGGAUGUCCACCGGGAUGUUUCCUCAAGAAAUCAUCAUUCGCUUUGCUGGACCCACGAAUAUUUCUGCCGUGACCGUGGACAGCUAUAAUGUCAAGCAUCUAAAGAUAGAAAAGAACACCUCACAAAAUGCUUCUCAAUUUGAGUCUGUUACAGAGAAAGACUUUGAACAUACAGAGGGACGUCUUCAGUCGCAUGCAAUUUCGCUAAAUGGAAGCAGUGCAACUCACCUUCGUUUUAUCAUCACCUCAGGAUAUGAUCACUUCGUCUCCGUGCACAGAGUUAGUGUACAAAAUUGACACGUUUGAUUGUUGUGAUUUAAAUUCUUGCGAUGUGUUAUUUCUAUAUAUACAUAUGAGUUUAUAACAUUAUUUAACCAAUUUAAAAAUGAGUAGAUCUCAUUAUAGGCUCAGCCUUUUUACUUACACACACACAGACACACACGCUAACAUCUUGUCCUUAGUGGCAGACAGCUUUAACAUACUGGGAAUCUGAUAAGCAUAUUCCAUGAAUACCAGAGGAACAUUGAUUCGGAAAAUCAAUGAGUGCAUGUCUAAACAAAAUUUGUUUUAUCAUCUUAAUCUAAUCAGCAAAACUGCAAUUGCAGAAAAAGCAUACGGUUUAAAGCUAAGUUGCAUUUUAAAAUCUGGGCUCAAAUUUUGAUAUAGCUCGAAUUCAUUUUCUAUGAUUGCGCUUAUUUAAUCAUAUGGAUUCACACAUAGGGCUUUUUAUUCCACAUUCAACUGUUCCUUGCUAAUUUCACAAGCUGAUAGUUGGCAGAGCUUUAGAAUAAAAGAGUUGGAUUGUGAUGAAUGGUAGAAUUACUUACAAAGGAAGUUUCUCUCUGUGUGAGAGAUAGAGUUAAUUAACUAAUUUUGAGCUGUGGGGGCUUAAGUUGGCAUCCGGACAGCCUCCCCAUGAGCAGAAUUUGACAUCCCCAUAGAAAAGGGAAACCAUGGGCAAUGCAGCUGGGGGGGGGGGGACCAGAUGGUUUCCCAGCCAACCAGCGAGUCUCCAAAGACUGCAGGCCUAUUCACACAAAGUACUCAAGCCACCUCCUGCACUUAUAUCCUCCACAUACACACACCCCCGCACAAACACUGACUCCUGUCUACCUCCAUUGCCAUUUCAACUUGUCGGUAGCAGAGGGUUCAGCAGUGUGUGAGGACCCUUUGGGACUCCCUCCCCAAUUACUUUGCUGACUGCAGAGGAGCUUGGGGAUUUGCUGAGGCUGUGUUUGCUGUAGCUUGGUCUGCAUGCAGUGCUCUGAAUAAACCAAUAAAAAUAUGAAAUACAUGCCUGAGUAACUAGCCCCCUGAUAUUUUAGAGCAACUAAUUGCUUAGGGGUAUGGCUGGGAUAUAGCACAUUUGAGUAUGAGUGUGUAAUGAGUAAUGAGGGCAAGGUAGAAACUGAUACAGUGUUAUUGACUCAUCUAUUAUUUACCGGUAUGGAAUAUUUAUUAUAAUGUUAGAGGUGAGGGUCGACCAUCAAAUGAAGUGCAAGCUCCCAUUUCAUAGUACAUUUAUAUAUUAUUCUCCACACUAGUUCAGACUGUGAAUUUAUUACAUUGUUUUGCUGUGAAUAUUUAGUCAGAGAUGCCUUUUUUGUAUGUUGAACAGGUUUGCAAAUGUGCCUCCCCAUUACUAAUGAAUUUGGGCUCUUUUGUGCUUGACUGUCAGCCGAUCAGGAGAAUCACAGCAGGAUAUGAGUGCAUUAUUAUCAUGUCACUGCAGGGCAGGGCUAAAUUAUCACCCAGUGUCUUCUGAAGGCUGCCUAACUGCUGUCCAAUCGCACUGAGACAUCUGCUCGACCAGAGCUCUGUAUGUUCAGCUGAGUCCUUACAAAGAGAUUUAUAUCACAGCCUUCCCCGAAAAACCUCUCCACUACUGCACGCCGUAAUUGAAAAUGGUAGAUUUUAUGAGAAUGAUAAAUAUUGAAAGCUGGAAUUUAAUACUUGUAAUUGUCAUAAUGUGCCAUUAAA